AUGGACAUGAGAGCUAUCUACAAGGAUUUCAUCGUUCUUUGUACGGAGAACAGCAUGAUUACUGAAGAGGUUUUAAAGGAAAAGCUUGAGAACAGUUUCAUGGGGGACAACCUCAUUGAACGAGGACAGCUCACCAAAGGUCGGGAGUACAGGGAAGUACGUCGUUAUGAUCGACACGGCAUUCACCUGAUGUUUGUGUACUUGACACGGUGCUACCAGAAACGGAUUGAGGAUGUCCUUAUCCAGAUAGAAGAAGGCCACAUUUCAAAACCAGAUGUUUUCAUCAUAAACUCUGUGCUAUGGGACAUCAGUCGAUGGGGGCCUAGAGGUGUUGAAGAAUUCAAGCAUAACCUGAAGUACUUGAUGAAGAGGCUCAAGGAUACACUCAGUUCUGGAACUCUUGUGAUUUGGACCACAUGCCCACCCAUAGCAUCUGAGAUAAAGCGUGCAUUUCUUAUACAGCAGUUGAGUUUUUUGGAGCAAUACAUGAGAUUUCACAUCAUGGAAGCCAAUGCAUAUGCACAAAGAGUUGUACGCAGCUAUGGAUUUGAUGUUCUUGAUCUCCAUUAUUAUCUCCGUCUGAAUACUCAUCGUCGGUCAAGAGAUGGAGUACAUUGGGAACCAGAUGCUGUUCGUUUGAUGUCCAACCUCAUCCUCACUCAUAUCUCCGUUGCUUGGGAUGUCUCUUUACCAUACCGUGGUGCUACUGCACUCCUUUCAGAUUGCAUCAGAGUUUCUCAACAAGAGUAUGAGAGACAGAAACUAGUGGCUGUGAGGCAUUUGCCAAAAGUGCCUUUGACCUGUGAUCCCUCCACAAAUAUUGAAAAACCUGAAGCCUGCUCUCUCUUCACAAGUUGCUUGAAAGCAACUGCCAAGACCUCUGAUUGUGGGAAAAUGCAAGCUGGGCCUGUAGUUGACUUCAGCUCUACAAAAAAUAAUCAUGUGUCCUUACAGACAAAUCUGACAAAUGGAGCAGCAACAGGAGGACCCAGCAAGAAACAAGACCUGAAUACAAAGGUCAAUGGUCCUGCAUUAUUUGGACAGACACCUGCAUCCAAGUCUACAUUGAAUGGUGUAGUGAGUCAUGAUAUUCAAUCUUCCAGCUCAUCACAGUUCCUUCCACAGAAUAAAGGCACAAGAGAGAGUCCUGGGAAGAUAGGAGAGAAAUCUGGGGCACUGCCACUCAGAGCGGCUGGAACAAAACCAGAUGCAUGUUUUUGUCCAAAGAACAGCAACUCUUUGCCAUCCAAGCCUCCAAAGGUCAUACUAAAGCGAGACACAGGCAACUUUAUCAUACCCAUGGAUUCUCCAGCAAAAAAGAAAGCAGAGUCUUCUUCAAUAGGACCAAUGAGCAAGGAGGCAAGACCUACUGAGAAUCCAGUGCAAACUCAAUCACCUGCAAAGACUGAAGGAAGGAGAAGGAUAAGAACUUCACCAAUCAGAGCCCUCAUAUUGAAGUCUCUAGGCCAAACCCCAAAGAAGGGUGAAAAAUCAUCACCUCCUAAGCAUACUACUGCAAACAAGAGUGAAUUGACAGCUCAUCACAAAUCACAAGUAAUGGAUGAGAGGAUGAAGAAAAGUAAUCAAACGAGCUGUGCAAGUAAUGAGAGAAUAUCUGCUGCCUUACUACCUCCAAUAAAAGAUGGCAAUGUGAAGCUUGCCAACUGUAACAAAGUUGGAGCUCUUCAGAAUAUCAAGAAGAAGAAAAAAAAGAAGAGGAAGAAGGUAAAGAAGAAAUUAGAGGCAAGAGAUGCAAAACUAGAAAAGGGAAAGCUAUCAAAGAGGAUGUCAGAGAAUGUAGAUACAUCUGAAGAACUUACUGAAGAAGAAAGGCGCCGUAAGGAAGAUGCAGCAAUUGAAGCCAGUCUCAGGCAGGCUUUUGGUUUGUCUCCUACAAAGGCUAUAGCAGUUGAUACUGAGGAAACUGAUAAGGCUGGAAAGCAGGAAAUUUAUGAUUGUGAGAAAGCUGAAUGUUCCAAAUCUUCAUCUCAGGUGACCAGAGAAAUAAAGUUUGAGCCCCAACAUGGACUGAAGAGGAAACCUAUCUUGCUAGAAGUGAGUUUCUCUGGAUUGAAAAAGAGAAAGAGUAAAACUCUGGCUCCCUGUGGAACAUUGGUGGGAGCUCAGAAUGUUUUGCAUAAGAAACAGGAGCUCUUGGUGGACACAUGCAGAAGGCAAAACAAACCCCUGGGACAAGAGAGUGAAAAGGUCGAGUACAGUCUAUUAAAGGAGGCUGUUUCUGCAGCAAACAUGCCCCAUGCAAAAGAAACUUAUGCAAUAUCAUCUCUUUCUGAUCAGGAUAGCUUGGGACACUCUCAUUCUGGGUCAGAAAAAGAGCCUAGGACAUCGAAAGGAAAAGGCUCUGCAUUAUGUUAUGAUCCAUCUCCUCACCAGUGGUCAGUGGCUUCUACUAAUGCAUCUGAUACCUCUUCAGUCAAUGGAGAAAUCAUGCAAGCCAUUGAUAUCCUUGAUGACCAUCUCUCCCUAUCUCGGACCAGGAAUGAAUGCUCUCAAAAUUUCACAAAUAGCAUUUCCUUAGAUAAUUGCUUGCCAUGUGAACACAGUGCAGCAGGAUCAGCAUCUGAACAUCUUGGAUGUGGUGUUUUGCCCAUUCCUCUGAAUCGCAGCAUCAGCAGAGGGCCUGGUGCUGUACACCUCCCGGAAUCUCUGUGGGAUUCUCAAUUGCCAGGUCCAGGAGUGCCUGACACUGGGAAGAAAUGGACUGGGCUCACAGAUCAGGUACAACCGUUUACAGGUUUGCCAUAUGGGUUGAUGGGGAUUCCUGUUGUACCACCUCAGAAUGGAUUUCCAGGUGUGCUGGCAUUGAGGAGGAACACCUUGAAUAUAUCUGGACAUGUGAAUUGUCAAAAUACUAGAUUUUAUGGUGAACAGAAUCCACAUGUCAAGCAGGAGCAUCCAAGGAGUACAGCCAAGGUUCAGUGUGCACUGGGGAGCUCUGGCAUCAUCAGCCCAUAUGUUUAUGAAGCUUGGCAAGGCCAGACUGUUACUGAAAGUGAUCCACGCAAGGCGACAGUUGUUAAGGUUAUACCUACCCCAAACAAUGGGUCUGCUGAAGUUGUGAAAUUGCGACAUGACUUUGAGAGCCAUGGGGAAGAGGAAAUAUGUUUUGAAUUCCAGAAGACUAAGUACAUUUGGGAUGAAGAUAAGAAAUGUUUUAGAGGACUGCAGUUUCAUGUGGACCACAGUUUUGAUUUCUAUCAGGAGUGGAGAGGGUACACUGAUGAAGAUUUACCAAGAGUUGAGAAGCACUUUGGUAAAAACAGGCUCGAGAUGGUUAUACCGGAAUUCAUGGAGCUCUUUCAAGAGAGGGCUACUGCUCCCUUCUUUGUAUUUCAAGUAUUCUGUGUUACAUUGUGGUGCAUGGAUGAGUACUGGUACUACUCAGUCUUCACCCUGAUCAUGUUGGUGACUUUUGAGUGUACUCUGGUUCAGCAGCAGCUUCGGAACAUGACAGAGAUUCGCAAAAUGGGGAACAAGUCAUAUAACAUUCAAGUGUACCGAAACAGGAGGUGGAGGCCUGUUAAUACAGAGGACCUGUUACCUGGUGAUAUAGUAUCCAUUGGUCGAGGGGGCAGCGAAGAGCAUCUUGUUCCUUGUGAUCUUCUCCUACUCAGAGGUCCAUGUAUUGUAGAUGAAAGCAUGUUGACAGGUGAAUCUGUGCCUCAGAUGAAAGAACCAAUUGAAAACCUAGAGAAGUCAAGGUUCCUGGAUCUGGAUACAGAUGGAAAGCUUCAUGUGCUUUUUGGAGGCACAAAAGUUGUCCAACAUACAGCUCCAAGUAAAACUACAACAGGGCUGAGAGCUCAAGACAAUGGGUGUAUAGCUUAUGUUCUUCAGACUGGAUUCAACACCUCCCAAGGGAAACUUCUGAGGACAAUUUUAUUUGGAGUCAAACGAGUAACAGCCAACAACCUUGAGACUUUCGGCUUCAUCCUGUUCCUCCUUAUCUUUGCAAUUGCAGCAGCUGCAUAUGUUUGGAUAAAAGGGAGUGAGGAUCCUGAAAGGAACAAAUACAAAUUAUUCCUUGAAUGUACACUCAUUCUCACAUCAGUGGUCCCUCCAGAGCUCCCAAUUGAGCUUUCACUUGCUGUGAACACAUCUCUUAUCUCUCUCACAAAACUUGCUGUGUAUUGCACAGAACCAUUCCGGAUACCCUUUGCUGGGAAGAUUGAUAUAUGCUGCUUUGACAAGACAGGAACCUUGACAAGUGACAAUCUUGUGGUGGAAGGACUGGCUGGUCUAAGGCAAGUACUGGGUACUUCAGAAAUAUCUCCACCACAGGAUGCUCCUUUUGAAGCAGUUCAAGUCAUGGCAUCAUGCCAUUCUCUUGUUCAGCUAGAUAGCGGAUUAGUGGGUGAUCCACUAGAGAAAGCCACUUUACUAGCAAUUGACUGGCAGCUUACCAAAGGAGAAGCUGUUCUCCCCAGGAAAUCUCGAAACAUGCCAGGAGUAAAAAUUUACCAGAGAUUUCACUUUUCAUCAGCAUUGAAGAGAAUGUCUGUAUUGGCUGGUUACACGCCUCCAAUGUCAGCUGAUAUCUCCUACAUUGCAGCAGUAAAGGGCGCCCCUGAAACUUUGAAGCCAAUGUUCAAGGAGCUUCCCCAGAGUUAUGAUGAGAUAUAUCUGGAGCAUUCCAGAAAAGGAGCUCGUGUUCUGGCUAUGGGUCACAAGGAACUUGGAGUGCUCAACAACCAACAGGUUCGUGAACUGACACGUGAUGAUCUUGAGAAGGACCUGUGCUUUGUUGGUUUCUUGGUCAUUUCCUGCCCUCUGAAAUUAGAUUCAAAGCAGAUCAUCAAGGAAGUCAUCAAUAGCUCUCAUAGUGUUUCAAUGAUUACAGGUGAUAAUCCCUUGACUGCCUGUCAUGUAGCAAAGGAAUUGAAGUUCAUACGCAAGACAGAUAUCCUAGUAUUGACCGAAGUGAACUCCAAGAUUUCUCAAUGGGAAUGGCAGAGUGUGGAUGAAAGCGUUUCCAUGCCUCUUGAUGUACAAAGGCCUGUUGUCAAAUUAAUUGAGCAGUAUGACCUGUGCAUUACUGGACUGGGAUUCAGUUAUCUCCAAUCAGAACAUCCUAAGUACCUGUCAGCACUCUUGCCCCACAUCAAAGUGUAUGCACGAGUGAACCCAAAGCAGAAAGAAUCCAUUGUUGUGGAAUUGAAAGAAAGUGGCUAUGUGACCCUGAUGUGUGGUGAUGGUACCAAUGAUGUGGGUGCUCUCAAACAUGCUCAUGUUGGUGUGGCAAUCCUCUCUAGCAGUCCUGUAGAGAGGGUUCCAUCAAGAGUUUCUCGAGGUCAACCUGAUAAUUCUCCCCGAUUGUUGCCUUCAACUUCUGAAUCAUUGGUGAGAAGAGGAGGAGGAGGUGGUCCCCCAAUGCAGAGUGGAGCUAUGAGUAAGGCCAGGGGAAGUUCAUCUGGCCGCUCUGCAUCAGGAGCAUUCAAUCAACAUAGGGAAGAUGGUCGCACUGAUUCACUCCAGGAAAGGUUGCAGAAUUCCCAGAGCCACUUGCAGAAAAUGCUUCGUGACAUGGAGGAGCAGGAUCAGGCACAGGUUGUGAAAUUAGGAGAUGCUUCCAUUGCAGCUCCCUUCACUUCAAAAAUGUCAUCCAUCCAGUGUGUGUGUCACAUCAUCAAGCAGGGUCGGUGUACACUGGUGACAACAUUGCAAAUGUUCAAGAUUCUUGCACUAAAUGCUUUGAUCUUGGCCUAUAGCCAGUCUGUAUUAUACCUGGAUGGUAUCAAGUUCUCCGAUGGCCAGGCAACACUGCAGGGCCUGCUACUUGCAGCCUGCUUCCUUUUCAUCUCAAGGUCAAAGCCACUGAAAACAUUGUCAAAAGAGCGUCCUCUUGCAAACAUCUUCAACCAUUACACAAUUGUAACUGUCAUUCUUCAGUUCUUAGUCCACUUUGUCAGCCUGAUAUACUUGGUUCAGGCAGCUCUCGCCCGAUCUCCAGAAAAACCGGAAAAAGAAAGUGUAGAUGCCCAUGAGGGAGAGUUUCAGCCCAAUCUCCUCAACAGCACUGUUUAUAUUAUCUCCAUGUCCCUGCAGGUGGCUACAUUUGCCAUAAAUUAUCGGGGUAAUCCCUUCAUGGAGAGUUUGACAGCCAACAAGGCCCUCUUCUACAGCCUGCUGAAUUCAGGAUUCUUCAUUUUUGCCUUAGUCUUCAACAUUAUUCCAGAGCUUUCCUCACACUUUGAAGUUGUGGAAUUUACUCCUGAGGGCCCUGUCCCUCCUCUCUUAUCCCUUUGCAGUCCUAUUACAAGCAGGCUAGGAAAACCCUUGCGAACGAGGUUCGCGGGAACGGAGAUGCGCGGGCGGGCGGCCCGCUUAGUCCGCUUGCAUAUCCUUCCCGGAAAAUUCCAAUUUGUCGCCUCAGAUCAGAUCAGAUCAGAAAGUCAGUUCGAGUCAGUCCACUACGUGCGUGUUGACAUUGCGGUCAAGUCAAGUGGUAGGCGAGGUCUCUACCAGAACAACUGCAGCAUGGAAGAGAGUGAGGAAGAACUGAAAGUCCCUGAGCGGUUCUUUUGGUAUUUUCGCAUGAGGACAUCCUCUUUUGAGAAACUCUUGCAUCUCAUAGCUCCACACAAUGAGAAGCAAAAUACCAACUACCGAAGGACUAUCCCUCCAGAGGAACGACUAGGAGUCACACUGAGGAGAGUCGUAGACAUAAUUCCAUUGCUGGCUGAUUUCUGGCUGAUGGCAGCAUACUUGGGAGUUCGUUUGCCACUUCCUGUCUAUUCAAGCCCAGGAAUUCUGAUGCCACUACAGAAUUUCAGAGGAAAACAGCAACAAUUGCAGUAUGCCGCAGCUCUGACAGCUGCUGUCAUUGACUACAAGACAAUGAUAGAAGAGUAUGCCUUUAUUUCUGCUACUCAGAGGUUCUUCCAUGUUGAAGUUUAUGGCAAGUCAGGGAAACCCCUGAACCAAAGUCAGAUCUACGACCAGCUAGUGUCUGUAGUGGAACACUCAGCACACAAGGCACCACCUCUUGGAGUCUUGACAACAGACAGCCGACCCAAUUGGGCUCAUGCCUUCAAUGCCAUGAUGAAAAGCAAACAGAACAGAGGAUGUCUAGAAUCCAUCCGAACUAGCAUCUUUUUGCUGUGUUUGGAUGGAGAGAAUCCUGAUAUGCCUGCUCAUACCUCUGAUUUCAAGACUGUUUGUGCUCUUCAGACCAUCCAUGGUUGUGGAUCAAAAGGAAAUGCAGGCAACAGAUGGUUUGACAAGACUGUGCAGUUCAUUGUGGGAGAAGAGGGUCAACUAGGAAUGACCUAUGAGCACACUCCUGCUGAAGGACCCCCAAUUGCUAACCUUACAGACCAUGUGAUGGAUUUCAUACUUGAAGAGAGGGGAUCCAGAUGGUUGCCUGCUCCUGAUGUUCAUCCACCAAGAAGGCUUGACUUUGAGUACAGUGGAGAGGUUAUGUCGGCCAUUGACAUAGCUGAGAAAAAUUUGGACAUGCUUGCAGAUGAUCUUGAGAUGACAAUCUUCUCAUUCAAAGAUUUUGGAAAGAAUUUUGUGAAGUUCCAGAAAAUGAGCCCUGACAGUUUUAUACAAAUGGGAUUGCAGUUGGCCUUCUAUCGGAUCCAUGGUGAAGCAGCUGCUACAUAUGAGACUGCAUCAACAAGAAAGUACAUUCAUGGGAGGACUGAAACAAUUCGUUCUUGCUCCAUAGAGAGUGUGGAUUUCUGCGCAGCAAUGCUGGAUAGGAAUGCCUCACCACAAGAAAAGCUUCAUAAAAUGAAAGCAGCUAUUGAUGGCCACAAGAAGUAUGUUGUUGAUGCUUCAAAUGGGUAUGGAGUUGAUCGCCAUCUGCUGGGCCUAAAGUUGCUGGCUAUUGAGAAUGGAAUGGAUAUUCCUCGCCUCUAUAUGGAUUCUGGAUUUGUUCGAAGUUCUCAUAUGCGUCUCUCAACAAGUCAGGUUCCUGCAAAGCAUGCCACUGUCAUGUUUUUUGGCCCCUUGGUGCCUGAUGGUUAUGGAUGCUGCUACAAUCCAAGGUCAGACUCAAUUGAGUUUGGCUUCUCUGCCUUCAUGUCUAGCCCUGAGACCCAUUCUAAGAAAUUAAAGGCAGCUGUUGAACAGAGUCUUAUAGAUAUGCAGGCUGUCUUGGCUCAGACUCAGCAGGCCAAGCUUUGAGCCAAUUUCAUAUUCUCAUGUAUUACAUAUCCCUUAUAAGGAAUGCACUCAAUGACUUCUUAUUGCAUCAUCCUUUUUGUUUUGUUGCCUUCAACUUUUAUUUCUCUGGUUUCUCCUCUCCCUGUUCAGAUAGGAGUUCUCACUAGAGGGCUUUCACUUUGUAUAGGAAUAAGCUCCAUCUCAUACUAUUCAUGUGCAAGUUUGCACCUGAACUGUUAUUUCUUCAUGGAGAAUUCUGCCUGGUCUUGAACUUCCCACUGAUGACUGAGACUGUCAUAGUGCUGUUUCCAGUCUGAGCAUAGCCUUGUUUGCUUUUACUGUAUUACUCUGCUGUGCCUUUGCUACUUAUUUUUUCUGAUCCUGAUUUUUUCAUUUCCUUGCCCUCCUUGCCUUUGCUUUUGCCUCUGCAGAUUUAAUGUUAUCUGUUAACUCCUGUCACUUUAUUAUUCCUGCUUAAUUUCCCAUCAUACAAAGAUGCCGUACUGAAAAUUUCACUGAAGGAAUUGGGAGGAUAAAGGUCUUUCUAGGGAUAUGAGAAAAUGAGCACAAGACAGUUGAAAGUUUUAGAACUUCAUUUGGUUGAAGGUGCUGUACUUGAGUCAAAGAAUGGAAAAUCAUGCCCUUGUUCUCAUCAUCAUUUCAUACUGUUGUGUAAAGUCUUUUUGAACAUAUCAUUUGAACUUGCCAUUUCCGAGUUGAAGAACCUGCUUAAUGGAGUGCCUUUCACCCCUACCACCAUUAUUGCAAAUAAGAAGAGCUGUUUUAGAGGAAGCUGUUGGAAAUAUAAAACUGUCAUCCUGAUAAUGGUGCCUAAUGUUGUGUUAUGAAUAAAUAAUUUAUAUUUUAGGAAGCA